CAAAUGACUUGUGAUGUUUGUGGAAAGCGUUCUAGUUGUUUAUCAAAUCAUAAAAUCCAUAUGAUGAAACAUACUGGAGAAAAACCCUUUAAAUGUGAAGUCUGUGGAAAAGGUUUUGCAAUAACAUCAAGUCUUAAAAUUCACAUGAGAAUACAUACAGAAGAGAAACCUCAUCAAUGUGAUGUUUGUAAAAAGUGUUUUACUCAGACAGGGCAACUUAAUACACAUAUGACAGUACAUACUGGAGAAAAACCUCAUGAAUGUGCAGUUUGUAAAAAGUGUUUUAUCAUAACCAAUAAACUCAAGGUUCAUGUGAGGAUUCAU